AUGAUUCAACCUCAGACCCAUUUAAAUGUAGCAGAUAAUAGCGGGGCUCAAGAAUUGAUGUGUAUUCGAAUCAUAGGAGCUAGCCAUCAUCGAUAUGCUCAUAUUGGUGACGUUAUUGUUGCUGUGAUCAAAGAAGCAGUACCAAAUAUGCCCCUAGAAAGAUCAGAAGUAGUCAGGGCCAUAAUUGUACAAUUGAAAAUGGAACCCAAAAAUUCCAAUUCCCCAACCGUGGAAAAUAAUGUUAUGAAUUUCCUCUUAGCUAGUCUUGAAACUUUAUCUCGAAGCAUGGCUAGGAUGAAGGCAAAUGUUGAGAAGUUGGAUUCGGAUGUGGCCUCAACGAGUGAAAGAUUGGAGACGAUACCGUUUAGUAUCAGACAGUUACUAUUUAUAAUUCACAGCACAAACACCCUCGUUGUAAAUCGACGAGUCGAGACGACAAGGAUCGAGCAACUAGCAAUGGCAACAGUUGUAGACACUUAA